AUGCCAGUUUCAAACCGCAAAAAGGUCAAAGAGACCCGAGAGACCCUUCAGAAGUACAUCGAGAGCUUCAAACGGUUCCAGGCAGACUAUCCGUACUGUCGGAUCGACCAGAUCCUGAAGCCCAUGGGCGGUCACUCGUUCAGGCUCCUGGACGAGCGGCUGCUUAUGGUGAUCCCCCAGAUCAACCGCGUUACUUCAAUCCUCCGAACGAGAUUUUUGAGCUUCGAAAUGAAGCAGUACCCCUCCUGCAGGGAAAAUCACAACACCGCCUGGGAAGCCCGCCGCCUCCGCGACAGUGUCAUCAACACUAUCAAGGGCAUGAGAAGCAACGUCGCCGCCGUCAAGAUUCUACCUAGCCUCAAGCAGCGACUCGAACAAUAG